AUGGCAGGCAUUGCCUUGGCAGAAGCAGACAAGUAUGAGGUACUGGAGAAGAUUGGGGCUGGUUCAUUUGGAAUCAUCCGAAAAGUCAAGCGCAAAACAGAUGGCUUCAUUCUCUGCCGGAAAGAAAUAAAUUACAUCAAGAUGUCACAGAAAGAACGGGAACAACUGACAGCUGAGUUCAACAUCCUGAGCUCUCUCCGGCACCCCAACAUCGUCGCGUACUAUCACCGAGAGCAUCUUAAGGUCUCGCAAGACUUGUAUCUCUAUAUGGAAUACUGCGGAGGCGGGGAUCUUGGUAUGGUGAUCAAAAACCUGAAAAACAGCAACAAAUACGCCGAAGAGGAGUUCGUCUGGCGGAUUCUGACUCAACUGGCUACUGCUCUGUAUCGUUGCCAUUACGGAGUCGACGCACCACCAAUUGGAUCAAGUGUGCUGGGUGCAACGGCACCUAAGCAGGGAUUGAAAGGGAAACAAGCUCAGGUGAUGAUCUUGCACCGUGAUCUGAAACCAGAAAAUAUUUUCCUGGGUAGUGACAACAGCGUGAAACUUGGUGACUUUGGUCUAUCGAAGCUCAUGCAAUCUCAUGACUUCGCGUCCACCUACGUCGGUACACCCUUCUACAUGUCGCCUGAGAUUUGUGCCGCCGAGAAAUAUACACUACACUCCGACAUUUGGGCGCUUGGGUGUAUCAUGUAUGAGCUGUGCGAAAAAUCACCACCUUUUAAUGCCAAGACGCACAUUCAACUUGUUCAAAAGAUACGCGACGGCAAGUUCUCUCCGCUCCCGGAUUUCUAUUCACCCGAGUUGAAGAGUGUGAUUGCAAGCUGUCUUCGUGUAAACCCAGACCAACGACCCGACACUGCAGCGCUGCUUAACCUUCCCAUUGUCCGUCUGAUGCGAAAGGAAAGAGAAGUUAUAGAUCUAAACAACAAGGCAAAGAGACGAGAAGAGACAGCUUUGCAAAAAAUGAAGGAAGUAGAGGCCAAGCUUGCAAACUAUGAAAAAGACAGAGCUUCGACAAGGGAAGAAAUAGAAGCCAGUGUUCGUCGUGAAUGGGAAGUGAAAGCACGGUUAGAAAUUGAACGCCAGGUACAGCUGAGAUAUGAGGAAUUAUCCAGACAAUUCGAAACAGAAGUGCGAGCCCGUGUGGCUUCUGAACUAGAAAGGCAAUCCCCCAAAGCCAAAUUACCAGAAGUGCUACCACCAGCUCCAGAGCGAGCAGUAUCAACAUCAUCAGUUAGUUGCAGCGAGGAUUCGGAUUUUCCAUCAACAACAGAUAUCAGUGACUUAUCGGCUGAAUCGCCUCGUUCAAGCCGGAAUAAGCCCGUACGAAAAGAAACGAGGACACCUUUCAGUCGCGCAAAGACUACCGUGGAAUCUCCCGUUGACGUGCAGAUGGGUGAACCCUCUCCUAUCACUAUUGCCUCUCUCUCUCUUUCUCCACGACGUACUGCUCCCGUGUCCAAGAACCUCUUCUCUGAAAAUUCGCAGCAAAAGGCCCGGUGGGAGCAAUCCUUUGUGACCUCGGAUGAUGAGGAAGAUAUACCAGACCUCCCAUCCCCUACUCGUCCUAGGGUAAAGCCUGAUCCGUUAAAGGCCGCUAGACGCCCUUUACUCCGCCACCAAACAGCUACUAUGGUGCAGAAGAUGAGCCACCAGCCUUCCAUAUUUCCUGCCGGCGCUUCGAGGCUACCACCACCUCCAGCGAGCACGGCCCCUUCGCAGUCUGAGACACGCCAAGUCGCUGCAGAAAUAAGAUCCAAGUCUCCCAAUCGACGACUAUCAAAGAUUCCAUCCACAUCAAAUCUCAUCGGAGACGCAGGUUCGCCCACACGCAAAGGCUCUGCCAGACCGCUUAGUUCCAAGUCCGGUUCCGGUAGCGAGGAUAUGUACAAAGCCGUAAUGCAACGCAACAUGGGCGGCCGCACUCUAGUCGAACUUGCUCAAGCGAGAGCCGGCGGCCGUGCUUUCGAAGAUGCCAAACGAGUGUCAAGUGACUCCCGUGUCUACACAUCAACAUCAUCUUGUGGGACUUUCAGUGAAUCGCCAGCUACAUGGGAUCCUGCUACCGAAGAAAUGCCCAGUCCGUUCAUUUCUCGACGAAUAGUGCGCAGCUUGCGAUGA